UUCGCGCGCCUCCCUUCAUCGUCGCGACGCCGCGCCAUUUCUGCGCACGUGGGCGACGACGGCUGAGCGAGGGCGCCUGGCCCGCUCGCCAUUAACGCAGCCGUCGUGAAUGAACGCCGACCUCGACCGGGUGGCUGUCCAUUGAACAGGGCUCGCGGCCGACGACCGGCCGGCGCUCCGGGGGCGGCAGCACGCCCUCGCCGCGAUCACGCCUCAGUCGAGGAUGUGGCGUUGACGACGACUCUCUCUCUCACUGCGAAAUCUGUGUUCAUUUACCCGUAGAUUCUGACUAAGUGAUUAUCGUGCCGCAUAUUCGUAGUUUCCUAAAUGUUCUGUGAUCGCGUAAAUUUCAUUAAGACGUAGGUAGAGAUAAUAUAUUAGUGAAGUGUCGUGUGAGUUGAUGUCGGCAGGUGCCGGUGGUGAGUGAGUGCGCGCGAGUGCAUGUUGUGUAGUGAGGCAAGCGGGGAUGCGCGCGUGCGAUGCUCUCGGUGAUCGCGAUGCGUCGGCCCGAGGACGAGGAGCUGGGGCGCGGCGACGGCGACGAGUUCGUGGACAUCUCGCAGAUGCAGCUGCUGGUGGAGGCGGGCCCGAGCGGGCUGCACUACGGCGGGCCCGCGCCGCCGCUGGCGCAGCCGCAGCCCUACGCGCAGCCCCCGCACCCCGCGACCGUCACCUCUUCUUCCUCCGUCGAUGAUCUCUUCGCGAUAUACUUCACUCCGGGGCAGCAUGGUAGCCUACCAGGCGAUGAGUUGUCACUGGUUUGCUCCCCGCGGCGCCACAAGCACGAGGCGUCGCUGUCGCCGGGCGCGCGCGCCGAGGAGGCCAGCAACGCGUCCAGCGCCAGCGCCUCGCUGUACGGGCCCGCGCAGCCGCCCGCCGGCAAGCACGCGCCGUCGCCGCCGCUGCAGUGGCUGCUGCCGCCCGGCCCCGGCCCCGGCGACAAGUACUACCAGGAGUACGAGGAGCGCGUCGACCUGCUGCCGCCCGAGUGCCAACCCUACUGCGCGGCCCCGCAGCCCCCCUGCCCCGGGCCGUGCGAGUACCGCGCGCCGCCGCAGCACUGGGAGCAGGACUACCAGCCCGCGCCGCAGCCCGCGCCCGGCCCCUCCGGCCUGCCCAAGCGCGAGCCCUACCCGCCGCCGCCCGACCGGCCCGUGCAGCUCGCCGAGUACAACCCGUCCACGAGCAAGGGCCACGAGAUCCUGUCGCAGGUGUACCAGCAGAGCGCGCAGCCGCUGCGGCUGGUCGCGGUCAAGCCGCGCAAGUACCCCAACCGGCCGAGCAAGACGCCGGUGCACGAGCGGCCGUACGCCUGCCCCGUGGACGGCUGCGACCGCCGCUUCUCGCGGUCCGACGAGCUGACGAGGCACAUCAGGAUCCACACGGGCCAGAAGCCGUUCCAGUGCCGCAUCUGCAUGCGCUCGUUCAGCCGGUCGGACCACCUGACGACGCACGUGCGCACGCACACGGGCGAGAAGCCCUUCGCCUGCGACGUGUGCGGGCGCAAGUUCGCGCGCUCGGACGAGAAGAAGCGGCACGCCAAGGUGCACCUGAAGCAGCGGCUGAAGCGCGAGCGCGGCGGCGCGCACGACCACCCGCCGCACCUCUAGCAGGCGGCGCGCGGCUCCGCGUCCCCACAUUCCAGUGACAGUGAGCCCUCCACCUCCGACUCGGUGGACAACUGAACUUUUACUUUCACGUUGAAGUUAUCAAAUAAUUUCAUCGCCUAGCCGUAAGAAUUGUCUUUAACGAAGCUUUAUUAACUCUACAUAUGUAAAUUCAUUGAAAUUUAUAUAUCUUUUUAUACAUAUUUGUAAUUAAUAUGAUAGGAGAUGAUCAGCUCGAUGUAUUUAUUUUUAAUUUAGAUA